AUGGAAUCAGAAAUACAAACACACCCAAAAAAAGUAACCAAUAAUAUUAUUACUUAUAUUAAAAAUGGAGAACAAAGGGAAGAACAUCGAACAAGCUCAAGAAAGUUGUUAUCAACAGUGGAUGAGUUUACAAUCCCAACGCGUCCCUGAGCUUAAACAAGCCUUAGCUCAACGGCGCACUCACGAAGGCACCGCCGACGCUGCCGCCGAUGAUAACAAGCUCCGUGAAUUAACACAAAACAUCAUUGGAGAUUUCAAAAAUUACGCUGGAAAAAGAGCUGAUUUAUCUCACCGAUGUAGCUCGAACUAUUAUGCGCCGUCGUGGAACACUCCUUUAGAGAACGCUCUUCUUUGGAUGGGUGGUUGUAGACCUUCUUCUUUCUUUAGGCUCGUUUAUGCUUUGUGUGGGUCCCAAACCGAGAUUCGUGUUACUCAGUUUCUCCGUAACAUCGACGGCUACGAUUAUUCAGGUAGUGGCGGCGCAUCACUCAGCGAUCUAACGGCGGAGCAACUAGCAAAGAUCAACGUGUUGCAUGUAAAAAUCAUAGACGAAGAAGAGAAGAUGACAAAGAAAGUUUCGAGCCUGCAAGAAGACGCGGCGGAUAUCCCCAUCUCCACCGUGGCUUACGCAGAGGAGCACGUGGGAGAGCCUAACGCAAUGGUGGAUCAAGCUCUCGACAAGCAGGAAGAAGCUAUGGCCACUUUAUUGGCCGAGGCCGAUAAUCUGAGGGUAGAUACUUUGACCAAGAUCAUAGAGAUUCUGACGCUAGUGCAAGCGGGGGAUUUUUUUAUGGCCGGAAAAAAGCUUCAUCUUUCAAUGCAUCAGUGGGGAGCGUUAAGAGAUCGGCGCCGUCGUGAAUGCAUAAUUGACGCUGGAAACGAUGCCGGAGGAGAGGAGGAGAAGUAGUCGUGUCUAUAGUAGAGAUGGUAUUAUAUUAUAGAGUGACAGUACUACGAUGCAUGUACAACUUUGAGUAAUGGCACACUGGGACGACAAAUAGUUAGAGAAAUUGAUAUUGGUGUGUUAACCUGGCAGUAAUAUAUAUGUUGUCUCUCGACAAGUCAGAUAGGAUAAGAUUCCAUUAGCUUUUUAUAUUCUAAAUAGAUUUCUUCUUUAUUUUUUAUGGUGUGUUAGAUAAUAUAGCCAGAAAGAAAUUUGUUGGAGUGUCUAAUGCGAUGUAUACGGAUAAUUAAUAAAAACACUCGAGCCCGUGAAACAUGUCCCUCUUGACACUUGGUACCGUGACAUACACUUUAGUAUUUUUUGGUAAAACCUUGAAAAUACAAGUUUUUAAAUGAGAGAUAUCAUUUUGUUAUUCGAAAUUGAUUUUAGUUUUUAAUGAAUCUCGUUUUCAACAAUACCAAAGUGUGAAGCUCCCAUUUUUCGAUUCAAUCUUGGUUGAAGACGGGUGUGGUACCCUGAUCAUGGAAGAGUGCCUACUAAGGUCUACUAAACUCACAACAAGCACACAUCAGGUUUGGCUCCAGAAUUCUGAGAGAAAAGAAUCUAGAAAGAAAACUUAGAGAGAGUGAUCAUCUCACAUAAUUUUGAGCUUUACCCAUUGUCUUACUCACUUGUUUGCGAGCUUAUUUGUUUCCACCUCGUAUUUUUUCUUAGCUUUAAUAAAAUUAUCUGGGUAAGGUAUUGUUCGUUUGU